AAGCAGUGUAAUUUAAUAACGUCUUCCUUAGCUUUGUUGAAGAAAACAGUAGGACGAGUAACUGUGUACCGUACUUCUCUACAAUGGAGAUAGAACGAUUAAUAAAGAAGAAACUACGCGCCAAAAAAGAUGGCAAUACACUUCAAUUUGCCGAGGCUACAAAUAGCUUAGCAGAUCUGUACUUUCAACUUGGUCGAUUGGAUGAUGCUAGAGAACAAUAUACUGAGCAAGUUGAAGCUUGUCGUAUUCUUAAUGACAAACUUAGCCUGGCUGUCGCUCAUCGUAUGAUCGGAGAGAUACACUUAUCUCUUGAAGAUUAUCAACAAGCACUAAAACACCAAAAACUUUACCUCGAGGGAGCCCAAGAGAUGAAAAACGAACUGGAGGAGCAGCGGGCAUUUGCUACAUUGGGCAGAACUUACUUUUGUCUGGCUGAAAGAUUUCCAGAAAAAUCUGACGAGCAAAUUGAGGCGCUUACCAAUGCUAAGAAGGCCUACGCGAAGAGUAUGUUCCUAUGUGAUAAACUUCGGGGAAUCCCAAAGGCGGAAAUGGCAACGAUACGUGCACGUCUUCUAUUGAACUGGGGUCUGGUAUUAGACGCCCAGAUGAAGCCUCAUGAGGCCAUCAACUUGUAUGACAAAUGUCGUCUGAUAUGCUCUACAUACAACUUGAAGGAAGAUGAGCAUAGAGCUUAUCUUGCACUUGGAGCUCACCAUGAAAGACAAUGUAACAAAGAGAAGGCCCUCAAGUGUCUGGAUUUGGCAGCCAAAACUGAAAAUGUUUCUAUGAAAGCAAACGCUCUGCUGGCUAAAGCAGAGUUGUUAUUGAAAUAUGGUAAUUGGCUGAAUGCUCGCAAGGAUUUGGUAGUGCUUUUCUCAAUUAAAGAUCUACCUCAGUCCACCCGAGAACAAGUAGAGAAGCUACUUCGCAUUGCUGUGACUCUCAGCAGAACUGAAAAUAUGCUGAAUACUGAUAUAGGAAAUAGCAAAAUCCAAAAAAAUCGAAUUCAACUUUACGAGAAGUUAGGAGACGCAGCUGCAGCUGUUCAGUGCUAUGAUAAGGCAUUGGAGUAUUAUGAAGAAAUGCUUGCUCAUGCGGAAAAGGAAAAAUCCUUUGACGGAAUUACAGCAGCACUAAUUUCCUUAGCUCAGACUUUGAAAGAUCUAGGUCGAUGCGAGGAGGCUUUGACUUAUGCACAGAGAGAGCUAAGCAUGUGCUCUGAUCCUCGUGAAGCCUGCAGAUCAGCCCUGUUUUCAGCCGAUCUCUUAGAGUCAACAGGUGCGACAAGUUCAGACGUAUGUCGCAUUUACGAACUAGCUCUAUCAAAGGCUAAGCUGACCAGUAUUCAAUCUUUAGAAGUAACUGUUCUGAAAGCAUAUCUCCAUUAUUCGGAAACCCAGACUUUAAAGGACGCUGAAGAAAUCAGAGACAGGCUGAAUCAGUUACUCGAUACAGUACCAGAACUCGAUAGUGAAAAGGAAAAUUCUGAAAAUCUCGACAUUGGAGCUGAUAUAGAUCUUGAUGAGCUCUCUGACUUGGACCUACCAAACUGCGAAGAAAAUAAUAGGUCAACUAGACCGAAAACAACACGCAGUGGUCGAACGGGUCUAGUCAUUAAAAAAAACGAAAGAGGAGAAACACAGCUUCAUGUAGCUUGCAUAAACUGCAACAUCGAACGAGUUGAAAAAUUAAUUAACGAUGGACAUCCAACAGACGUAAGAGAUAACUUUGGGUGGACGCCGCUGCAUGAAGCAGCUAAUCACGGUUAUGUCGAAAUAGUAAGAUUGUUGUUGAAUGCUGGAGCUGAUCUCAAUGACCCUGGAGGUUCUAACUGUGAAGGAAUCACACCACUACAUGAUGCGGCAAGUUGUGGAAACUUUUCUGUUAUGAAUUUACUGAUAGAAAGUGGAGCAAAUAUUUAUGCAGUAACAGAAAAAGGUGACACAAUACUUGACUCUCUUGAAGAUUGGCGAAAAAGAGCUGAGGACUUAUCAGACCUAGAUAAAUCUGAGUACGAACAUAUGCACAGUAAAUUAUCUCAGAAAGGUGUAACAAGAACAAAAGUGAAGAAUAGAAUGAAUAACGCUUUAGACAGGAAAAGCUCACAUUGUAGCGAUUUGCUUGAUGAAGAGGAAGACAAAAAUACCGAAAGACAGAAUGUCUCAGCUGGCGAAGUUUACAAACAGACGAUAAAUAGUCUGCGUAAUAGAGGAGCACGGCUAGGUUCAUUCACUAAAUCCUCACCUUCCCACAAAGAUCUUGCACCUCUUUUAGAUUCUGAUCAAAUACUGCUAGAUGAAUGGCUUGACGAUGAUAUUGGCCCCAAUUUAAGUAAGAAAAAGAAUAAUCCAACCGAUCCUCUAUCUACUGCAAAACGGAAGUCUGCAGGUUCAGCAUCAGUAGAAGAAAGGAAAAGCAAACGUCAAAGAACUGGAGUGAACAAUAAAAUAUUUUCUUCCACUUUACAAGACACUGAAACAGAAGAAAGUUGUGAUAGCAAUAGUUCUGAAAUGUGUGAAGUGAUUGGGGAACCUGAUGAAGUUAGAAGUUUAAGAAAACAGUCCACUUUGUUAUCAGUAGGCUUUUCCAGGUAUUCGGUAUCUCGCACUCCAUCACCAAGUGCUUGUGUAGCAUCAAAAAAUGAAUCUCAGCAAGAAGUGCAAGUUGAAGAGAUGAAUGUGGAGGUUUUGAUUGAAAAGAAAUUGUUUAAAUUACAGCUCCGCGUCUCGAAUGAAAAAAAAAUCACUACUGAAAGCAUCGCACGACAUGUCCAAAAAAAAUUUAAUGAAGAAACUGGAUGCAUGCCGGAUAUUGAUCUCAUUACACCCAAUGAGGAGUCAACAAUUUCGCAAAAUACAAUUAAUUCUUGUUAUCUGAAUUGCAAAUCACUUAGCUUGAUUGGCAACAUUCGAAAAAUGGAUAUCCCUCCAAUCUCUGAUCGAUACAAAACGAUUUGUAGCAGUUGCAAUAUUGCUGUAGAUGAAGGAACUGUGAAAUGUCUGAAAACGUGCGAGAACACUUCCACAUUACGACUACGAGGUCGUGAGACAUUGAACUGCGAUAUAUUUCCGGUAUUGAAAAGUCUACAGUACCAAAUCCAUCUACAAGUCUUGAAUGUAUCAGGAAUAGAACUUAACGACUACGGAGAGACACUGAGUAGCAGCUUGGAGCAGUUGACUUUAUUGCAGGAGUUACACCUGCGCUGUUGCGAUAUUGACUCAAAUUGCCUGUCUCGAUUUAGGCAGUUCCCUUUGCAAAUUCGAGUACUAGAUUUAAGUUAUAAUCCCUUGGGUAAACAAGCAUCACAUCAGUUAUAUACGCUUUUGUCCUCCUUGAGAAAUUUGCAAACUUUGAAUAUGAGCAAUUGCGAGCUAGAAAAUAUUUUUGCCGGCACGAGCAACGCUGCCUUAAAUAAUCUAGACUUAGCACAAAACCCAAUAGCGGUUGAAGGCCUGCGAUCUUUGUUGCAGCCUCAUAUUCUAUCACUGAACUUAUCUGGUUCAAUCCGGGACGGAAAAUCUGAUGUGUUAAAAGAGCUGUUUUCUCACCCUAGGUUUUCACUUGCAACAUUAGAAUCUUUGGAUCUCUCUAUGUGCGAUUUAUGUGAUGAUGAUUUAUCACGCAUUCUUUCACAAACAGCUAAUCUUUCUAAGCUUGUGGUAAACGGCAAUAUUAAACUUUCGAAACGAUCUUUACUUGACGUGUUACAACGCAAACAGACACUGGCAUAUAUCGACUUCAGUGGAUGCUCUGUGAUUAUUGACCCCCCCGAUUUCCAAGUUUUCAUCUGCUGUCCUGAAAUUUGUACUCUUGUGGUUAGCAUGGCAUCUGGAGUUCAACAACCGUGGCUUAAGCUAUGGGGUGGUCAAGGCUACAUACAAACAUUACCUCACAAUGUAGUAAUAUUUAAUCAUCAUUAAUUAAAUAAUUAUUUAGGGAACUUUAGCCUUAGGAAUCCUGAUUAUUUUUAGGUUGAAAGAGUAUAUCAAACACAAAGAAAGCAAUUUUUGAUUCGAAUUCUUGUGUUAAUUGACACAUUCUUCCAAGUUGUAACUAAUUUAAUUUACAUUAAAUAUUUAUUAUUCACGUAUACCUUUGCUUCAGAGGAAAUGUGUACAUUUUAUUGCCAAUUUUACAGUUAAUCUUGCUGACUUCGAAACUGUGCAAAAAAUGCUCAGCAUAAAUACUAUUCAAACUUUCAUUCAGAGUCGGAAGCCAAGCAUUCAGUUUUUCCGUUACAUCUCCUAGGCACCAUAGGAUGCUGAUAUGAAAAGAGGCUUCCUGUAGAACAUGAGAAAUGUAACACUGCUUAUAACAGAGACU